AUGGUUUUGAUACGCUGCUUGGAAACAGCCAUUUUAAUACUCCUCUUUUCAAGUUUGCAUACAGAUGCUAAACCACUGAGAAAGAGAACCAUCAGUGAGGUACAGUUAAUGCACAAUGUUCAGGAACACAAACAAGUGGGAGAGCGACAGGGAUGGCUCCAGGAGAAAUUGAAGGACAUUAUUGUAUCCACUGCCGACCCUCAACACGGACAAUUAGCCACUAUCAAAAAUAUAUUCCCAAAUGAGGUUCUUGGUGCAAGAAAACAACAACUAAAUUGACUAUUGUAGAAGUACAGUAUUUGCUAUUAUUGCUUUAUUUCUUUAUUUCAGUGUUUCUUUUAUUUAUUUUAGGUAA